AUGGUUGCUAUAUGGUUGUUUGCUUUCCCUUUCUCUCUUGAGGACAAGGCUAAAGAAUGGUUCUACACUCUAUCUAGUGAAGUCACUUCCGAUUGGGACUUUCUUAGAAGAGGAUUCUUGGAUAAAUUCUUGUCACCGGAAAAGAUGGAUAGGAUAAGGAAGGAAAUGUCAUGUAUUGUACAAGGUGAAACGGAACCAUUAUACGAAUAUUGGGAACGGUUUCGUAAGCUACUAGACGCAUGCCCUAAUCACAUGAUUGACACUCAAGUGUUGCUUGGAUACAUAUGUCAAGGGAUGCGGGAACAAGAUAGAACUCUCUUGGACACCUCUAGCAAUGGUUCUUUGUCUAAAUAUAAAACAGCGGAGGAGGCAUGGAAACUCAUCAUUGACUUAGCCGAAUCCAAUCAACAUAUGAGACGAAGAGUCUACCGCCCAAAAACCGUGAAUGAGGUAUCAACUAGUAGCGAAACCACUACUCUAACCAAAUCCUUGAGCGAAAUGAUAUCCAUCUUGAGGCAACUCCAAUUGAGCCAACAACAACCACAACAACCUCAACCAUACCAACAACAACCUCCACCCCCUCAACAAUACAAUCAACAAUUGGUCCCUCAGAAAGUGUGUGGCAUUUGUUCAUGCUAUUCCCACUACACGGAUGAGUGCCCAAGCCUUCAAGAAGACAACACUUUGGUGGACACUCACAAUUUCUAUGACCGCCUAAAUCAAAGGUACUACCAAGGUGGUAAUCCUAACCAAGGGUAUCCUUAUCCAGGAGGAAGCUACAAUCAAGGGAGUGGCAAUCACAAUCAAAAUUGGAGGGACAAUCAUCAACAAGGAAGUAGGGACAACAACAACGGAGGAGAGAAGGGAGCAAAGGAUUCAAAUCCCAUCCCAACCGGUCAAGGGGAGGAGGGAAUAAAUAUAGAAGAGGUAGUGGAAGAGGAGACACCACAAGUCAUAGUUGAGGAUGAAGAAGCUCAACCAACAAAAGAGACCCCCAAGACUAAGAGAACCUUGGAAGAAGAAAUUGCUCAACCACUCCCAUUUCCAACACUUGCAAAGAAAGCUAAGAAGUGCAUAGAGCUCGACCCCAAAAUGAUAAAAAUGUUCAAGAAAGUCGAGGUAACCAUCCCCCUCUUUGAUGCUAUCCAUCAAGUUCCUAGAUAUGCAAAAUUCCUUAAAGAUCUAUGCAUGAACAAGGAUAGGAUUCUUGAAUUAGAAACCAUCCCAUUGGGGAGUUCUAUUUCCGCUUUAAAGGGAGCAUUGCCCGAGAAGUGUGAUGACCCGGGCCCUUGUAUGGUCACUUGCACCGUCAAUGGAGUUCGAUCCCUAGAUUGUAUGUGUGAUCUCGGUGCAUGUGUUAGCAUUAUGCCGCUCUCCGUCUACCAAGUAUUGAAGUUACCACCACUAAAGAGGUCGGCGGCGAGAUUUGUCCUAGUGGAUAAAAGCAUAAUAACUGUGGCGGGUGUGGCGGAAGAUGUAUUGGUGAAUAUCAAAGGGUUGGUGUUUCCGAUUGACUUCUAUGUCCUUGAGAUGCCAUCAAAUGAACCCGAGAGAGCAUCAUUUAUCUUACUUGGAAGACCAUUUUUGAGAACUUCUAGAUUUAAGCUAGAUGCCUACUCGGGAACCUACUCAUUUGAGAUAGAUGGGAGAGUCGUGAGUUUUAGCCUAGAAGAAGCAAUGAAGCAUCCACCGGAGAAUCACUCUCUAUUCCGGUGUGACCCAAUCGACAACAUUGUUGCCGAAGUGCACCUUACAAAGUUGGAUGAGAAGUACAUGUCCCCGUGA